AUGAGAUUCCGAUUCUGCGGAGGCUUAGAGCCGCCCGACUGGGUCCUCGUCGAGGUACCGCUACUGUCUGGAGAGACGAGAACUAUACUACUUCGUGAUCUCGAGACCAUGUGCCGCGCUCUUGGGGCGAAUAUCCACCUGCAGGAGCUGGAACUAGCACAGACACUGUUUGAAGAAGAAAACGAUCGAAAGGCUGUAGUUGCGCUUCUACGCUUCAUCUUGACACACGCUGCGAAAUACAAUGUCGAGCGAACUGAUCUGGUGGAAGAGCUAUUGCAAUUGGGUACGCAACUAGCAGUGGCUGAGGUUGUUGCACUGAGCUAUGAACAGCUGCGUCCGCGCAUCCAAGACCAGCUGCAUGCUCAACGGUUCCGGUUUCCAGGCAUUGCGAAGAUGAAGUGGAAGGUGGAGGCCGAGUCGAAAGUGUCAAUGGACCUUGUGCUGGACCAGUCGAUCGUAGAAUGCGACGUGGCUACACCAUCGGCAACGACGGCGGCUGCUAGCUCCGAGCUCAGCUUUGACAUGAGUGAAGCCAAGUUCCUGGCACUGUAUGAAGAGCUCAGUGAAGCGCAAUCGAUGCUUCGCAGUGUCUAG